AUGCAGCCUGGGGACACCAUCGUGGCCUCCAACAGGCUGUACGGGGGGAGCCUCACCCAGUUCGGCAAGACGGUGAAGAAGUUCAACUGGGGCUGUACGUUUGUGGACGUCGGCAACUUCGAACAGGUCGAGACCGCGCUGAAAGACCCGACUGCCCGACUGCUCUUCUGGGGGAGCCUGGCCAACCCCGGUGGCGUCGUGAGCGACCUGCGCACGCUCGCCGACCUCGCCCACGGGGCGGGGGUCCCCCUCGUGGUGGACAACACCCUCGCGACGCCGUUCCUCUGCAGGCCCAUCGACCACGGCGCCGACAUCUCGGGUCGGACGAGCACGACGAAGUUUCUCUCGGGGCAGGGCAGUGCCCUCGGCGGCGUCGUCGUCGACUCGGGGAAGUUUGACUGGAUGGCGCAGGCGGAAAAGUUCCCCUCCCUGGCAAAGCCGGAGCCCGGUUACCACGGUCUCGUCUUCGCGGAGACUUUCGGGGACAUGGCGUUCACGAUGUUCUCCCACGCGGUCGGCUUGCGGGACUUGGGGGCCACCAUGGCCCCGCUGCACGCCUUCCUCACGCUGAACGGCUGCGAGACGCUGGCCGUGCGGAUGGAGCGGCACUGCGCCAACGCGGCGGUGCUGGCGCAGUUUCUGGAGAGGCACCCGAAGGUGGCCUGGGUCUCCUUCGCCGGGCUCGCCUCCUCCCCGUACCGGACCCUCGCGGAGCGGUACAUGCACCGCUCUUGGGGCGGAGGCGUCUUCACUUUCGGAGUGGUGGGCGGCUUCGACGCCGGCGUCCGCGUGGUCGAGGCCGUCGAGCUCUUCAGCCACCUCGCCAACGUGGGGCUGACCGACGAGCAGCGGCAUGCAGCCGGGGCCGGCGACGACGUGAUUCGGCUCUCCAUCGGCCUCGAGACGCCCGAGGACCUCAUCGCCGACCUCAGCUUCGCACUCGACCAGGCCAAGCUGGCCAUCGCGGCGCUGCGAGAGUGCGGGUCGGAGGCCCAGGAGCACGGCACUGGCCGCGGGCGCGGCCACCCGAACGGAUUGACGCCCUCGAGCACCGCUCUCGACGGGCUGCUGCGCUCGCCGACCGCGCCCCGGACCACCGGCGGCCAUCCCCUUGCAGCGGACGCCGCCAGCGGAGGGGGCGACCUGUGCGUGGUGUGCCUGUCCAGCACCAAGACGCACGCGUUCUUGCCUUGCGGGCACAGGUGCGUCUGCGCCGAGUGCGGCAGCGCGGUGGCCGAUCAAGCAAGCGCUGCAUGCCCAAUAUGCCGCAUCUUGGUGGAUCACGUCUUGCAGAUUUUCUGUUGA